AUGGAAAGCCAUUUCCAGGUAUUAGAAUGUGAAUAUGCUGUUCGUGGUGAGAUUGUCUCUAUAGCUCAGAAAUUACAGCAAGACUUGCAAACAAAUCCAGGUUCCAAACCUUUUAAUGAGAUUCUUUACUGUAAUAUUGGAAAUCCACAAGCUCUUGGUCAAAAACCUAUAACUUUCUUUCGAGAGGUUCUUGCAUUAUGUGACAAUCCUUCCUUAUUAGACAAGAGGGAAACAAAUGGUUUGUUUAGUUCGGAUUCCAUAGCAAGAGCAAUAAUGGUCUUGGAUCAAAUGCCUGGAAGAGCUACUGGUGCAUAUAGUCACAGUCAGGGUAUUAAGGGAUUGCGUGACACCAUUGCUGCUGGAAUUAAAGCUCGUGAUGGUUACCCUGCUGAUCCAGAUGAUAUCUUCUUGACAGAUGGUGCAAGUCCAGGGGUCCAUAUGAUGAUGCAGUUACUUAUAAGAUCAGAAAAGGAUGGAAUCUUAUGUCCCAUUCCUCAGUAUCCUCUUUACUCUGCUUCUAUUGCCCUUCAUGGUGGCACUCUAGUUCGUUAUUAUCUUGAUGAAGCAACAGGGUGGGGACUUGAGGUGUCUGAACUCAAGAAACAGUUAGAAGCUGCCCGACAAAAGGGUAUUACUGUUCGGGCAUUGGUUGCAAUUAAUCCGGGCAACCCAACCGGGCAGGUUCUUGCUGAAGAAAACCAACGACAAAUUGUGGAAUUUUGCAAGAAAGAAGGUUUGGUUCUUUUAGCAGACGAGGUAUACCAAGAGAAUAUAUAUGCAGCUGACAAGAAAUUUAACUCAUUCAAGAAAAUCUGUCGUUCAAUGGGAUAUGGUGAUAUCCCCUUGGUUUCUUUUCAAUCGGUAUCUAAAGGGUAUCAUGGUGAAUGUGGGAAAAGAGGUGGUUACAUGGAGGUAACUGGUUUUAGUACUGAAGUUAGACAACAAUUUUACAAGUUGGCAUCUGUGAAUCUUUGCUCCAAUAUUUCUGGUCAAAUUCUUGCAAGUCUUGUCAUGAGUCCCCCAAAAGUUGGAGAUGAAUCUUAUGAUUCCUAUUUUAGUGAGAGAGAUGGAAUCUUGAAAUCAUUGGCUAGACGCGCUAAGAAAUUGGAAGAUGCAUUCAACAGCUUAGAGGGUGUGACAUGUAAUAAACAUUCUUUGUCUACUCUAUAUCAGUUAUUCCAAAGAAACAUCACUUAUCCAUUCAAAACAAUACUUUAAGAAAAAGAAAGAAACAUGCCCUUACAUAAUAUAGCCAUGCAGAAUAGUUUCUGAAUUUUGUUUCUAUUUCUG